AUGAGUUCCAUCAGUAUCAAACAAGAGAACUCUGUUGAAAAUUACAGAAUGUACUCUUCUUCUGAGGAAUACGGAAAAUAUAAAGUUGAACAUCAACAACAUCCUCCUCUACAAAUGGUCGAACCACAACAAAUUGCGCAAAAUAACGAAGAGAAUGUUCAAGUAGUGCCUCAUAGUGAUAAAGGAGCGGACAGUCCAACUCCUCCACCGACGGGAACACUCUCAAAGACCACAUACACCUGUAACCAUUGUGGUAAAAAGUAUAAGCACAGAAAUUGUCUAGUCAAGCAUUUGUGGGAACACCACGAAAGUUGGGAAUUAUGCCUCAAGUUUAACUUGACAAAGCACCAGCAAGUUCAGAUGAUGGAGGCUGCGCAAAUCCUCGUUGAUCUUGCUUGUAUAAAACAACAUUAA